GAUCCCAGCCUCACUCCCUCCAACAUGAGAGCAGCACUAGACACACUGCCAGCCGACAAGUGGGAGGGGUUUGGGUGGUGGACUGGAUGUCCCAGAGUCCAAGUUGGAACAGAUCAGGUCUCAGUUCACUAGUGAUGAGGAGAGGAAAGAUGAGCUCAUCAGAAUAUAUCACACUCAACAUCCCCACCCAACAUGGGAGCAUGUCUCAAAUGCUAUCUACAUGUGUGGUGCUGAAUUUCAAGAUCAGCAGUUCCACAAUGUUCUUGACAGACUCCAGUCCAUGUUCCCCACUGGUCGCAACAAGGCCAAGAAGAUCUAUGAAGAGGAGAUGAAACGUGGAAUCACAGAACGACUCAUCACAAAAGUGACAAUGGUGGGUACUGCAGGCAGCGGGAAGUCAACGUCCCUAGAGACACUGACUGGCGAGGAGCCACUGGCAGAGAGAGAACGAGAGAGCACACCACUCCUGAAGAGACCCGUCCAAACCGAGGUGGUCUUUGUGGAAGGGAAGGAGGUGAGGUGGAGGAAGAAGACGGCAGACGAGAAGAAGCGAUACAUUGCCCGC